GAAGCAUAGAGAGAUGUCAAUGAAGAAUACGUGCUGAUUUCUUGUUGUUUCUCCAUUGACAUACGGUUCUGAGGGUUUCGUUCAUUUCGAUGUAGCAUGAUGUAAUUCAAAACGUAGCAUCAGUGUUUAGCGGGACAUGCACUUGAAAAGGCGAACCAGGGUGGAGAUCAAUAAUUAAGAAAAAGUGUCGGAGUGUUUAAAUACCUAAUUUUUCCAAAUAUUGUGGGCAAAUACAUUUAGCUAAAAUUGAUUUAAUCAGAUUACUUCGUAAUUUAAUCAAAUAGUUUUAUAUUGUUUGUGGACCUUUUGGGAAAGUGAUUGAAUAAAGAAAAAAGACUAAACAAACUGAACUAAUUUGCAAUUGAGCUGAAUAUUUUUUCAACACAUUGAAUUAUGAACCAAUUUUGUUUUCUUCAGAAAAAAAAAUACAAUGCAUUGUCAGCAGAAUCGACGCCGCGAGCAUAUCAAAUGUCAACGCAAAUUGUACAUGCUUUAAGUUCAUAUUGAGUUGAAUUGUGCCGAGUAUUGAAGACGAAAUUGUGACAUUUCCCACAGAAGAAAGAAAAAAACACAGAAAAAUAGUGAAAAAAUACUGAUUUCUUUUGAAAAUAAAAAUUUUUCGAUACGAAAAAGUAGAAAAAAAUCGCGUUUGCUUUUGAUACAGAAAAGAAAUAUCCGAAAAUGUCAUCUAAUUGGCGACCCGUUCUAAAUAAUUACCUUGCGGAUUUCGAGGCCCUAACAUCAACCGCUUUAGAGAACAUGAACCAGUUGUUAUUGCAGUCUGGGCAAGAAUUUGAUGAUCGGAUUCGGAGCUAUUUUGUGAAGAGCGUAAACAAUCGCUUGGAACAAACGGUGGAAUUUUUCGACAUUCAAAGAGGUUCAGAGGUUUGUGAGAACGUGAAAAGUACCACAAAAGAUGGGUUUAAUCGUGAAGCCACAGAAAGCGAUGACCAUUUGGAGUCGGACAUGUCGAGUGAAGAGAUUGAGAUCGUUGAAAAUGAUAUCAAAAUUGAAUCCAUAUCAAGUGAAGAUGAUAAAUCAGUGGAAAUAGUUUCAUCCAGUUAUUCGGCAUCUGGUGGAACAGAAGCUGAAGCUGAAGCAACUCAGCCCAUGGUCUCCGGAAAAAACAUCAAUCGACCAUUGUUAGACUCUAGUCUGUUGGAUGAACGAUCAAUAUGUUCACCAAGUACAUCAAAUCUUCCAAUGAUGGGAACGAUGCUGUCUCCAAUUGAUAUGCCUUAUUCAACUCCAAGUAGCACUCUCGAUAUAAAUGCUGAAAAUAUCAAACAAGAACCGCUCGACAGUACGUGUAAGACAAUGACUUUGAAUCCAACUGAAGCGAACGAGUGUGUUGUUAAGAUGGAAGAUGUACCAACGGACCCUAUGCAAAUGAACAAAGGUAAUGAAUUGCCAUCAACGAAACAAGCAAACAUCGGUUCUUCCGUGCCACCAAUUGAGCCUCAGCCACUGAAGAGGCAAUACCCGAUCAAUUUUCCGGACGAGGCGGUCAAGCGACAAAAAAUAACCGAAGAAACACAGUUGAAUGAACCCAGUGCAAACAUCAACAAGAACAUUGUGUAUGCAUGUUUCUAUUGCCACAAUCAAUCGAAUUUCUACGUUGAAACAUUCGCCGAGGUCUACGAGCACUGGAGGAGUAGCCAUAUUUUGAAACCAUUUCGAUUCGUUGCAUUUAAAAAGGCGGCCUGCUUUUUUUGUGAUAAAAUUGAUGUGUUUUCGAACCUCAGCGACCACCACAAACACCAACACCAUUUGGAAAUAUUCAUGGUGGUUGACAUAGAAAAUAGGUCAAAGUGUGCACUGUGUCACAAAAUAUUUUCGUUAAGCGAAAUGGUUGUGCAUUUCAAAACGCAACAUGAACCAAUGCACUAUAUGCUCAUAAGCAGUCCAAUCUGUUUCACACAAAAUGAAAUAGACCAGCUCCUAAGCGUACAAUCAUCCCAAACCCAUUCGCACGAAGAAAUCGGUUCAUCAGAUCAAGUAGAAGCGUUCAUGUGUGGCCAUUGCAAUACCACAAAAAACAUCAGUGAAAUCUCAUUCAUGCAACAUCUUGAACAAGAUACGUUCCAGUUCAAGUGCUCAGUGUGCCCAUUUUUGGCAUUCAGCAUCGAUGAAACGGCACAGCACGAAGCUUCCGCUCAUAAAUUGACGGUUGAUAAACUGAAACAUUCGAAUGGUCUAAUGGGCCGAUUGGAACGACACUUUCUUAGAACUCGGGUCAUAUUCAACACUGGGCUAGUGUUAUACAAGCACAAUAUGCUAAAUUCGACAUUCGACGAUCGCAAUGCAUUUUGGCCGUUUAAGGAACGAUUAGCGAAAAAGAAAUUGGAAGAAUGCACAACAUAUGAUUCGACACCACUAUCGCCAACUGUUCCCGCCAAACAGCCUGAAUCGGCGCCGGAAAAAGUCUUACGCACAAAGCAACUAGCAAAACAACGACUCUUAAGCUGUGAUCUGCACAUUUCUGGAAUGGAUCAAUACAUUCAAAAAGGAUUAUGUGAAACAUUUUUACUUAUUUGUGAAGCAAUGGGACUACCGGAGGUGACAGUGGACGAUGUCGAAAAAAUUUAUUGCCGUUCGAGUGCUAUCAAUGUACGGCUGACUACAUGGGAAAUGAAACGGAAAAUUUUGAUUGCUUGGCGUAAUGCCUCCAAAAAUGCCCAGAAGCAAAAUCAAAUCCACGCUUUUUGGAUGACAAACGAUGGAUUGGUGGUUAAGCGAAACAAAAAAUGUAAACGAACGACCAUUGUGUGGUCGAAAACUGAUCUUGUCAAGUGUAUUGCAGGCAGUCUAUGAUACUCAUCAGGUGUUGGUUAUUCCAUCGACCACGAUUUACUAUAGCCACUUUAGCCAGAUUUGCCAAACUGGUCGCAAUUCAACCAAUGAAUUAAAAAGAAUUCAAAUUUGAACCUCUGAACAAAUGAAGAAAACAAAAUUGAAAAAUGCAGGUCAAUGAACAAUUGUUGAAUAGAUUUAAUUCAUCCAUAGGAAUAGCAAAAAAAAAAUCAAUCUAUAAAUAGAUUUGUAAAAUAAAACGUUUCCCAUUCCUUAUUGAGAAAAAGCGCAGAACUAAUUUUAGGUAAAAAAAACCACAAAAUUGACUGAAUUAAUUUUGUAAUUUCAUGUUUCAAAAUAGUUUAUUUUUCGCCUUAAAUUUGAAAAAAUAUAGAAUUAAUUCAAAUGAAAUUCUCAUUUUAAGUUUGGAAAAACACAACUGAAUAAAAUUGCAAAGACUGCAUCAAAA